GGAGCAGCCAGAAGCGACGGGACGCGAUCGCAGCCAGCGCCCGCGCAAUAUGACCGACCCGGACAAUCAUGCACACACACCACCGCGCCCCAGCUGGCCCGCCGGCCACAAAUCCCUCUUCCCACAACCCCAAGUCCUCCUUUCCUCUCCUCCAUCACUCCCAUCACCACCACCACGCCGCCUCGACCCUCCAUCGUCAUCAACACAUCCACCAUCGUCGCCGCGACCCUGCGCACAAUACCCCUCCGCCGGCCCCUUUGAUGAGCCUCGACGUUUGUCACGGCCCAGCCACAUCCUCUGCUCGUCUCAUCCGACGGCCACUACAAUAAGGAGCCUGCGCUCACGGCACCACACCAUCACCAUCACCACAGUUCCCUCAUCGUCACCUCACAUCAUCUCCACCUAGCCUGACGAGCCUUCUUCCUCCUCUCGUUACCACUGCCGCCUGCCAGACAUGGCACCACCAUCCAAGUCGAGGAUCGUCAUCCUCAAGCUGGCGUCUGCCCACCUCCGCAAAUUCCCUCACACGCCUCCCUCGUCAGCACAGUCGUCGUCCCCAUCUACCUCCGACACACCCAUUCCACAGGUCAACGAGCCCACGCCCGCCGUUGACACGCCUGCCGACUCGACCACGGCGACGCCUCUCCCCCCUAAUGGCACAAGCACUCCUUCCAGUUCGCUCGCACCGCCCCCUGCAGGCACAAAGCGGAAGGCCAUGCCGGCGCCCAGGGGAACCAAGAGAGCGGCGCAACUGGGACCAGAUGGGCUGCCCAAGCCUCGUGGCAAGCCGGGCCCGAAGUCCAAGAAGCAGAGACUUGGUGACAUGAUCAACGACCCCAACAACAAAGGACCCUUUGCCAUACCGGCUCCUGUCAAGCUGGGCCCAAAGGCGAACCAAGGUGCCAUCAACGCAGGUCUACGUGCCCUCGACCGCACCGGAAAGCCCUGCAGGAAGUGGGUAAAGAAGGGCUUCUCCGUGCGCAGCUUCACCGGCGUCGUCUGGGACGUACCGACAUGGCGAGCUCCCAAGAAUGCGGCCGUCUUCGCCGAGGAUGUCAAGAGCGACUCACCGAGUUCCAGCGACCCCAAUGUCAAGGACGAGAGCAGUGCCGUCAGUGACAAGAGCGGACUACCGACUGGCUCCGCGACGCCCGUUGUCCCCGCUGCCAAUGGCAUUGAGAGUUCACCGGCUCCUGUUCUUGCAGCCUCAUGAAGCGGUUGCAGCUUCCAGCCGUGUUCACAUACACUGCUUCCGCCUAUUGGCUCCUACCUUCUCUCCUUCUAUCAUCAUCGAUGCAGCAUACGGCUUCGACUUGUUCCGACGUGACCCCAGGAUGGUCUUUCGCUGGAUAGUCUGUGGCACCCUCGGCGUUCAGGAUACGGAUCUUGUUUGUAUCAAAAGGGUUCAUGUUUUCAGGCGUAAGAGAGGUCGGUCGGAACCCUGCUGCCGCUGCUGAGUUCGGGCGAGCAUCUGGAUAUGCAUAUGGACUGCGCAUCAAGGCGUCUCACGGAUGGAGAGGAGGAUUACAGGUUAUAUCGCGCUUCCAGCCAACACCAGCUUUGGAAGCUUGUAUUUUAUAGUUUCUCUUGUUUAGUCCAUGCAAAGCGAGGCAAAC